GACGGUGGAAUCGUCACACAGUCGCACAUCGAGGUUCGAUUCGCGCAGGAGAGAACCUCGGCUGGCAAUUUUCCCGGCGCGGCUCGCGCGCGCCGUACCGCGGAUCUCGUCCUCCCCCCUUCCCCUCGAUUUUCCUUUCGCAAACUGAAGCGGGCACCGUGCGGUGCCCCUCGAGCCCCCUUUACCCCACCCCUGUACCAUACCGUUCCGUGCGCUCUCGAAGGGGAACGGCACUCGCUCGCUCGCUCGAGAGAGAGAGAAGUCGCCGCCCGUCCGUCUGUUCGUCCACGCGUCCGUCUCGACGAAGAUUUCGAAGUGAAAUCCGGAGCUCGGCGGGAUCGCUCGAUAUCGCGAAGUGAGUGCAGUUUCGCGGGGAGGUUUGGUGCAAAAAAGGGAGACAGGAAGAAAAGGAGGAAGAGAGAGAGAAAGAGGGAGAAGAGCGACAGAGGUGUCGUUGACGUUUCGUGUGUCAGUGUCCUCUCUCCGUCUCUCGCUCACACGCGCCUGCCACGCUAUCGUCCAUCUUUUUCGCUCUGCCUGGCCUUCGCGGAGUUCUUGCGCGAGUGCGUGCGCUUAAUCGAAGGGGGCGCUCCAGGGGAGCCCUAAGUAGCGCGAGGGCUACUCCAAAAACGCAGCGCGACUGCCGCAAAAUUAACUGUACGUUCUAAAAAAAAACCAGCUGGCCGCCUAUUGUAACCGAGACUAUAUCCCUAGAUCCUUGCGGCCGUUUCUUUUCUCCUUUCUCGGCAGCGCACAGGAUAUCCCUAUCCGCUGUGUUGUCCUAUAUCCCUAGAUGCCUACAUAACCGCUAUUUAAUCGUUAUUUUGCCAAUUCUCGUUUUCUCUCUCCUGACCAACGCAAUCCAAAUACUAUUAUUUACGAUAAAUAUUAUCCUUACGCGAAAUGACGAGGAGAUUCUUAUCUUCCUUUACGUAAUCAGUGCGCUGAAGUCCUGCGAUUAAUUACUAUGCAAUCGUGACAGCUGAUGUUGGUACAAGAAUCAAACUGCGACAGUUUAAUUAACCGCUAUUCCUUGAUUAUCCUUCUCUCUCCUUCGUACGUUGUUUAUUUCUCCUCUUCUCGUUACUUCACGAAGAUCCUCGCGUGCAAGCACGCAGUCACUAUAUUUCCUUUUCCCUCCGAUCUUUUUCCAAAAAAGUCCAAACCCAAUCGCAUUCCUCGUAACUGUUCCUUUCGUCUUUGCUCGCUCUUCCCAUUCCUUUAUCUGUCAAUCUUCAUUUAUCCGGCGCACUUCAGAAGUGACACCGCGUUCCACAGGAGACGGACAUCCGUGAACGAAGGUGCUCGUCGGUCGUCGGAGUCGUCCGAGUUCAUCGGCGGUGCGAUGCCGGAUGACGGAUUAGGCCGAGAGCGGCUGUCACAGGCGGAAUCCCUCGGGAACGGUCCCGUCCGGGAGGCAGAGUUCGACGCAGAAUGACGAGCGUCGUCGGCUGCUGCCGGAAGCGAAGCCGCGAAGAGGAGCGACGAGCAGUCCGGCGACGAAGACGACGACGUGCGAACGACGUUCGGCUUCCUCUAGCGUCAGCGGGGGGCUAUGAGCGCUGACAAUGGGGACGAAUCCUUGCUGCAGUUAUCGAGCAUCGGAGACGCGUCUCGACGCGGUACGAUGAUACGCUCCUGCUUCUGGAGCGAGCGGUCGCGCGCGAACGUCAUCGUCAUCGACAUCGAGGCGUGGUGACGCGACGUCGGUGGACUCAGUUCGCCGGCGGCGGGCGACACGACAGUUCGCGCCGUGUCGUGGACGCCCCUUGAAAAAGAAAAGAGUACGAAAAGAAGAAGAAAAGAAGAGUUCGAAGAAGUUCCGCGCGAGUUUCGCGAAGGAAGGAGCACCGCGGGAGCGCUGAGGGGACGAAGAGGGUAGACGAAGGGGGCAGGGCGGGCAAAGGGCGCGUGGAUGCUGUGGCCGGUGUUGGGGGGGGAUGACGGGCUGAGCCCCACAGCGUCGCCCGCGCCGGCGGCGGCAGCCGGUGCCAAGGGGGUGAACAAACUGACCCCCUUGCUGCUCUGCGCCCCCUGCAAGCCGAGCAACCACCGGAAGAGCCAGAGCUCCACCCAGUGGUACGUGCAACAGCCCACGUGGCGUUUAUGGGGCGAGGAACGGUUCGAAGGCGUUAUAUACACGGUGUACCUGAAAAAGGUCCGAUAUCACCGGCCUACAAGGAGUCUCUCGGCAUCGGAUUCUGACGACGAGAUCUCGCACUUGGAAUGGGAAACGGUACGGGUGCGUUUUCUCAAGGCCGGCACGGUGGAGCGCCUGGUCGAGAGUCUGGCGAACGACGAUGGCGAGUUGGAGUCUACCUACAUAAACGUCUUCCUAGCGACGUACCGUGCGUUCACAACCCCACAUGACGUUCUCGAAUUGCUGCUCGCCCGCUACGACGCUCUGGACGGGAACGCCGGCUGCGAGCAGCACCGUAAGACGUUGGUCCAGGCGCUGCACGUCUGGCUGGACGCUUAUCCGGGUGAUUGGAAAUCACACCCCAAUCACCCGCUCCUCAGCCGACUGCUCGACUUCACGCGUCGACGCCUGCUCGGCUCGGAGCUUGAGCUUAAGGCCAGGCACCGGCUGCAUCGGUUCCAACGAGAGGAUCAGAUAGACUCCUGCACGGUGUACGACAACGGUCGGUUGCCCAUGCGGGGCUCUCCGGACCCGAUGAUGUCGGAUCAUUGGGGCAGCUACAUUUUUCCCGAGGUGCCGCAACGUCACUUCGCCGAGCAGCUGACGCGGAUGGAUGCCGAGGUAUUCAAAAAACUGGUCGCCCAUCAAUGCCUCGGCGCUGUCUGGUCCCGAAAGGAUCGCUCCAGAAGCCACGAGGCCGCUACCGUGGUGGCGACCGUGAAUCAAUUCAACGCCGUCUCGCUGCGCGUCAUUUCGACGAUUCUGGCGGACACGACGCUCAGGUCGCAGGAGCGCGCGCGGAUCCUUGAGACGUGGAUCGACAUCGCGCAGGAACUACGCGUGCUCAAGAACUUCAGCAGCCUGAAGGCGAUCGUGUCCGGGCUACAGAGCAAUCCGGUGUACCGAUUGGAGAAAUGCUGGCAGUGCAUGCCGCGGGAGAAACACGAGCUCUUCCGUGAGCUGGAGAGGAUAUUUUCCGAGGAGAACAAUGCCUGGACGCAGCGGGAACUGCUCAUUAAGGAGGGCACCGCCAAGUUCGCCGACACCGCCGGCAGAAGCGACCGGCAUCUACAGAAGCUCUUUCAAAAACAGAAUACUCACGCGGGCAACAUUAGCUACGGCACGAUACCGUAUCUAGGCACCUUCCUAACGGACCUCACAAUGAUCGACACGGCGAUACCGGACACAAUUACCGACGAAAAUCUACAACAAUUGAUCAACUUUGACAAAAGACGGAAGGAGUUCGAAGUGCUCGCUAGGAUACGGCUUCUUCAGGGUGCGGCGAACGCGUAUAACUUUAAUACGGAUCCGGCGUUUGACCGCUGGUUCCACUCGGUGCUAGUGGUCGACGAUCGGGAAGCUUACAAACUCAGCUGUCAAAUCGAGCCGCCGCCUGCGGGCAACACGCUCAAUAAUCGCGGCAAAAAGAAACAAAAUCAUCAAGGUCACCGGAAAAACGACUCGAUCGCGUCGACGUCGAGUUCGAGCAGCUCCCAGUUCUACUGCGACCUCGAUUCGCUCCCGAGCUCGCCGCACAAUUCUCUGGACCGGCGCACCUCACCCUCGCAGAUGUCCAGCUCGUCGUCAAGCUCGUCCCUACCCUCCUUGGACGUAUCCUUAAGCUCCGGCGGCGGUGGCAGUCACCAGACGCGGCUGGCACCGCCGGCGGGCACCUUGGCGGGCAACGGCAGCACGCCGAAUCUCGCCGGACUGUCCAGUCCAAGUCACUCGCACAAGAGCUCGCCCGAUUUCUACAUCAUCAAGGUCACCAUGGAAACGGACAAUGUGGAGACGGAAGGUGUAGUGCUAUAUAAGUCGAUCAUGCUGUCGAACAACGAGCGGACGCCACAGGUCAUCCGCAACGCCAUGCUGAAGCUCUGUCUCGAGGGCAGCCCCGAUCAGUACACACUCGCGCAGGUGCUGCCCGAUCGCGAGAUGGUCCUGCCUACGUCGGCCAACGUUUACUACGCCGUCAGCACCGUGCACAACCUCAACUUCAUCCUGCGACCGCGCAGGGAGCCCAACGACGUGGCCUCUGACAGUCCCAGGAGCAAAGGCAGCGGCCACAAUCACAAGCGGUAGUCUCGAAUAGCUGCCGAAUGCUGUCCUUGGCAACAUCAGGAGGCGAUCUUCGAAGCCUGAUGAUGAAUAGGACGGUUUUGGAAUUGUGCAGACUUUUUAAGCGCGAAAUUAAAGUGACUUUUCGGUGGCGAAAAUGGCGAGAGAGAGAGAGAGAGAGAGAGCAAAGUGGAAUCGAUCGGGGUAAUUGAAUGUGAACACGAUAUUGGCGAAUAACAAGGAGC